AAGAAGAAAAAUGUAAUUAUUUUGAUUUUGAUUUUGCGCUGCUGGAGAACCCUAAUCCUAAAUUCUCGUAGGUGAGAAAAAUCAAAAAGGGGUUUGUAGCAGAGAACGUAAUCAGAAUCCAAGUACCAAUUCCGAAACCAGCCACCAACAGCAACCCAACCGAUCUCGCUCUGUCACUUCCCUUUCCUCGUGUUUGCUUCGUACUAUGAAGAGGACUAUUCCAUGGAGUGAUGACGAUGAGUCAUCAUCUUCACAUUCAGACUCUGACCGUGAUAGUGAAACUGGAGGGGAAAAUUCCAAAGGUAAGUCUAGGAAGCAGAAAAGUGGUGUAAUUGACUUUGAGGCUCUGAAGCGACACGGUUAUAGAGGUGGACCUUCAGUGCUGAAAGUACCCCAACCCAAAGAAGAUGACUCGAAGCAAGAUUGGACCUGGUCCACUGGGAAAGAAAAACGUGUAGAGAAGGAAAUUGAAGAGUCAUAUGAAGAGCGACAGAAAACAAGAGAGGCUAUUUCCCUAGGAGAGGAGCUGCCAGCUGUUCUGACUAGGAAUGACAAGAAGAAUCUUUCUUUCUCUCAGAAGGAAAAAAGGAAGAGAGAGCUGGGUCAAGCUAGCAGAGGCAAAAAUUAUGUUGAAGAAGAGAAGAGGUUGUUGAGAGAGAGUGGAAUCUAUUCUGGUUUUGAUGCUUGAUAUAUAUACUAUGCCAGCCUAGAAUCCCCUUCAUCUUGUACAAAAGCACUCUCUCAUUUUCUUGUACUGAAAUCUGAAAAGACUUGGCUGUAACUUGUGUUUUAAAACGAGACAGAAAUGAAUUGGGGGAUAAUCUACUGUGGUCUCAACUCAACAAUAAGAACCAUCUUAAGUAAUCACCAA